ACAGUCUCUCUACAGUAGGGGCGCAGAAAAGCGAAACCCAAAUAUGUCUGUUCUCCAAUUUCAAUCAUUUCCAGCAUGUCAGUAAAGAAUAUAACGCUGUGAAAAUAUAAAUUAGUUGCAGAAGGCUCGGCACAUCGUACCGCGAGAUGGAAACACUGAUCCCCAUCAUUAACAGACUGCAGGAGGUUUUCCUCACCCUUGGUGCAGAGAUCAUCCAGCUUCCUCAGAUCAUAGUCGUGGGAUCGCAGAGCAGUGGAAAGAGUUCAGUGUUGGAGAGUUUGGUUGGACGAGACUUCCUGCCCCGAGGUUCAGGAAUAGUCACACGGCGUCCUCUAGUGUUGCAACUGGUGAACGUUCCCCCGCUGGAGGAGAGGAGAAGACAAGAUAAUGGAAACGGAGCUAAACAGAACUCUCAAAACAACUAUCCAGGAAUCAAAGCAGAGGAAUGGGGAACCUUCUUACACUGCAAAAACCAGAUUUUCACAGAUUUCACAGAAAUACGGAAAGAGAUCGAGGAAGAAACAGACCGGGGUACUAACAAUAAGGGCAUCAGUCCAGAGCCCAUUUACCUGAAAAUCUAUUCCCCUAAUGUACUCAGUUUGACUUUGGUUGACUUGCCAGGGAUCACUAAGGUUCCAGUGGGUGACCAGCCUGAGGACAUCGAGACUCAAGUCCAAGAAAUGAUUCUGUCCUAUAUCUCCAAUCCCAACUCUCUCAUCCUGUGUGUGUCUCCUGCAAACUCUGACCUAGCCACAUCCGAUGCCCUCAAACUGGCGCGAGAGGUCGACCCAGAUGGUCGUAGAACUCUGCUGGUCGUGAGUAAGCUGGAUUUGAUGGAUGCGGGGACAGACGCUCUUGAGGUUCUGUUGGGUCGCGUCAUUCCGGUUAGACUAGGCAUCAUUGGUGUGGUUAACAGGAGCCAACAUGAUUUAAACACCCAAAAGAGCCUCGCUGACACCUGUAAGGACGAACACGCAUUCCUGCAGCGUCAUUACCCAUCACUAGCCUCACGCUGCGGCUCACGCUACCUGGCUCGCACCCUGAGCCGCCUGCUCAUGCAUCACAUCAGGGACUGUCUCCCAGAGCUCAAGACACGAGUCACAGUGCUGACGGCCCAAUACCAGACCCGACUCAACAGCUACGGUCAGCCUGUGGAAGACCACAGUGCCACUUUGCUGCAAAUAGUGACCAAGUUUGCCACAGACUACUGCAGCACUAUCGAAGGCACUGCAAGAUACAUUCAGACCUCUGAACUGUGUGGAGGAGCUCGUAUCUGUUACAUAUUUCACGAGACGUUCGGAAGAACCCUGCAGUCCAUCGAUCCUCUGGGCGGUCUCAACGAACUAGAUAUUCUUACAGCUAUUCGAAACGCCACGGGCCCUCGUCCGGCUCUGUUUGUUCCUGAGGUGAGUUUUGAGCUGCUGGUGAAGAAGCAGAUCAAGAGAUUGGAGGAACCCAGCAUGCGCUGUGUGGAGCUCGUACAUGAAGAACUGCAGAGGAUCAUUCAGCACUGCUCUGCUUACAGCACACAGGAGCUUUUGCGGUUCCCCAAACUGCAUGAUUCAAUAGUAGAGGUGGUGACCGGUUUGCUCAGAAAACGCCUGCCAAUUACCAAUGAGAUGGUUCAUAAUCUGGUUGCGAUUGAGUUGGCGUAUAUAAACACCAAACAUCCCGAUUUCACAGAUGCUGCACAGGUCUCUGCAUCCGUCAACAGCCAGCAGGUGGAGACUGGGGAUGCAGGGAAGCAAAGGAAAAACGACAAGGUUCCUUUGGAAGAGAAAGGCCCUGUGUCCGGGUUCGGAAGCCCAAGCAAAGCCAUUAACCUGUUGGACACGGCUGUGCCAGUGUCUCGCAAACUGACCUCCCGCGAGCAGAGGGACUGUGAGGUCAUUCAGAGACUCAUCAAGUGCUACUUCCUGAUUGUACGGAAGAGCAUUCAGGACAGCGUGCCAAAGACUGUGAUGCAUUUCCUGGUGAAUUUUGUGAAAGAACAUUUGCAAAGUGAGCUGGUUGGACAACUCUACAAACAGCCUCUGCUCCAGGAACUCCUCAUCGAGUCUCAGGAAACAGCCCAACAGCGCACGGAGGUUGCACAGAUGCUGGAGGCGCUCAAGAAAGCCAGCAACAUUAUCUCAGAGAUUCGAGAGACUCAUCUUUGGUAGCCAAACGUUCUCACGAAUAUUACGUCCAGGAAAGUGUUUACAUGUCUAUGUGUGAGUGAGUAUGAUACAGGUCAAAUACAUUAUAUCACUCUAUAAGACAUCCAAUGCCAACAAGAACAUGCACGAAAAUGUGUACAGUUUUUCAACCUCGCAAUAUUUCCACUGUAUAUGCACAGAAUUUCAUAAUAAUGUGUUUGACAGACAUCUAUGCUUAUGUGUUUGUACACUCUGUAGGUCAACAUAUAGUAAACAUAUCAAAGUCCCUGUCGCUUUCUUCAGCUUUAUAAUAGUUUGUCCAUAGGUUUUGAGCAUUGAAUCAAAUUAUUUAGUAUUUAACAAUGUUACAUUUAGGAAUAUCUAAGGUAUAUUAAAUAUUAAAGGGAUUGUUAUACGAAGACCAAACAACUGAAUAUUUUGUCAUCUUGCUCUCGCACUUAAAGAUUGUUUACAUAAUGUUGAUAUUUAAUUCAUUGAUAACGGGUACGUUUUGAAUGACUUGAGGUGGAGUAAAUGGUGUUAUUAUUUGAGUAAAUAUGAUGUGCCAAUUUAUUUUUUUUAAACAUGAUUAAAUUCAUGCAUUUUGGCAAGGUUUUACUCUGUACAGGAACUUAAUUAUAUAAUUUCACAUAGCCAGUAUAGGCUAAAAACAAAAUCUCAGCUAGCUUUAUUUGAUCUAAACACAAACCGAUGAAUAAAGUCUCUUAUUAUGCUACAAUUAGGAUCAUUAGUAGUGAUAUAACUAGUGACUGACGUCUAGAAGUGAUGAUGAAGAGUAAAACGCUGUAGAACAAAGAGCUUUAUGCUUUGCUGUGCUCCGAAACGCUUCAAAUCACACUCGGAGGUGCCUGAGACUUGACUGCCAUGUAAUAUUUAUGCUUGUAUGAAUAUUUAUUGUGAGAGUAAAUAGGCCAGUAUCAGAGAAGGUCAAAUGAGGAACAAAGACUUGAGAACGGUCCAUGCGAAUCGCUGCUGAAAGCACUGAACACCUACAAGUGUUGCCAACUUGGUCGUGCAGAAUUUGUACACAAAUUAAAGGAUCUGGAGACUAUUUGUUUGUCGUUCUGGUUGAAUAACCAGUUACAUUAUAACUAAUGCGUGUUUAUGUCAGGUGCAGGGCGUGCAACUUUAAUUUAUUUUUUAAUUAUAUUUUUUUGGUGGGUUUUGUAAUAGUGGGAUACAUGCAUAAAUUUGGUGACGCAGAAAGCAGAGAAGGGUUUCUCAUCACCUAAAAUGAAGAAUUGGUUUAAGAAGUUGACAAAACCAGGCACAGUCAUGUAAUUUGUUGUGUGAAUGCAGUAGUAUGCGACAAAAUCAGCCAAUUAAAAUAUAGUUGAUGUUUACUAUACAGUUAUGCAACUUGAUUUUUGACCAAUGAGAUUCCACUACGGGCGAACAUGACCGAACAGUCGACAAAACAUUGCGGUUAAUCUUGUCGCUAGUAGAAGUUCACUUGCUGGUUGAGCAAAGGUUAAAUUAGCUGUGCAUGAUUGUCAGUCUUGUCAAUACGACUAACUGGGUGGAGUAUCUUGGUGCUUGGUUAGAAAGGUCCGGCUUUAUUUAUUGACCCAUUAGCAAUUACAACUGAUAGAUUAGAAAGCGAUAAAAUCUAAAGAACAAAAAAUGAUGACUAAAAUAUUACAAAAUGUUAUCAGGUCUUUGUGAGUGGUAUUAUAAGCAUGUAUUUUUAUGGUCCUAAUAGUAUUUUUUUCUUUGAAUCAGUUAUGCAUCAUAUUUUAAGAAUAUUCCAGUGAAUAUCUAUGAGACAUUGAAGUGCUGUUAUUCGGUCAAGAUGUGUUGUAGAGGUUAAACCUUCCCGGUCAGGCCACAUGUGAAGUUGAAGCAGGAACUUCAGAUGGUGGAUUUGAAAAAAGGCCAGAACAAAUUCAACUUAUUAAGCCGUUACAUAAAGAAUAAUUAUAUUUUACAUAAAUAAACAGAUUUUGGGGACCAGUAUUUUUGUUUAUUGUGACACAUACACCCACCCUCUUUCAUUCUUAUCAUUGUGAUAAGUGAUUUUCCGUAUAAUAGUAUUUUAUUUUUUAAAUAAGCAAUUAAAGCAACAAUAUGUAGGAUUUUCACCACAAGAGGUCGCUUUUUCACAGUAACAAAGGCCAAGCUUAAUGACGUCAUGAAGGAGAAUGGAACGAUGGGAGAUGUUGUUUUUAUCAUCCAGAGAUGUUUAUUUGCUAAGCGUGUUCAUGGAUAAGGUAAUAAAUUAAUCAUAGGUGGAGUUUAGGGGGCGCAGGGGGGACACUGCCCCCCAACCAGAUACACUUAUAUUUCAAUUUCAUUAAUAGCUCAGGCAAAAGAAUAAGAAUUCAUAUUUUAUUUGUCUAAUCUUGAUAUUUCAAGCAAACUUUUGAGAUGAUGUAGGUACAAAACUCCAUGAAAUAUAUCAUACUGUGGCAGUGCAAUUGUUUUUUUUACAAAUAAUCUUACAUAUUGUGGCUUUAAAAGUAAAGUAAAUGCUAUCAUCUUAUGUUUUGUUGUGCAAAGUGACCUAAGGGUAUUUAUUUGAAGUAAACUUUUGUUGAAUUAAUAACGUUCGUAUAAUUUUUUCUGGUGAUUUUGUUAUGAAAUAGGACCUGGAACUGUUCUUGACAGAUUUUGUGAGAUGUACCCAUUUAAUCUUAAAAUGAAAGUUUGUUCCCUUCAUCCAAAAGUGACUUCACUACCUGUGUAACAUUCUCACUUAAUCAUAUGUUUGUAUGUGAUUGUAUGAAGUAUGAUCAGAACAACGUGCAAGUAAAUGAUUUAGCUUUCCUGUUCAGCAUGUAAUAUGUGUAUGUACGUUUAAAUGAGAGUAAUUGUACUUGUGAAAUUGUUUAAAUCAUUUUAAAUAACAUGCAAUUUCUUGAAGAAUGCCUUUUAGUGUCUGCCUGCCAUUUUAUUUUGUGAUACAUGUCAAUGUAGCCAUCACUGUUUAAGAAUAUCA